AUGGUGCAUGGUGCGCCCAGUUUACUUCGUCCCACCAUAACCCCUAACGCAUUGGCAUUCAGUCCUCCCGCAUCGAACUACUCAAUGCUCAGUGACGGUUGCAGACCUUCUGAACUGCGAACAAUAUCUGUCAACUUCGAAGCACAAGGAGCAGCAGACGCCAGCGUCACCUACGGCCUCGAGUUGGAAUGUAACCUCCAUUUCGCAGGCUACCGCAGUGCGGCUGAUGGAACAUUCCUCACGCCAAGCAUGUUGUACCGCUGA